AUGGUUAUGCGCUGGAGAUGGUUAUGCACUGGAGAUGGUUAUGCGCUGGAGAUGGUUAUGCGCUGGAGAUGGUUAUGCGCUGGAGAUGGUUAUGCGCUGGAGAUGGUUAUGCGCUGGAGAUGGUUAUGCGCUGGAGAUGGUUAUGCGCUGGAGAUGGUUAUGCGCUGGAGAUGGUUAUGCGCUGGAGAUGGUUAUGCGCUGGAGAUGGUUAUGCGCUGGAGAUGGUUAUGCGCUGGAGAUGGUUAUGCGCUGGAGAUGGUUAUGCGCUGGAGAUGGUUAUGCGCUGGAGAUGGUUAUGCGCUGGAGAUGGUUAUGCGCUGGAGAUGGUUAUGCGCUGGAGAUGGUUAUGCGCUGGAGAUGGUUAUGCGCUGGAGAUGGUUAUGCGCUGGAGAUGGUUAUGCGCUGGAGAUGGUUAUGCGCUGGAGAUGGUUAUGCGCUGGAGAUGGUUAUGCGCUGGAGAUGGUUAUGCGCUGGAGAUGGUUAUGCGCUGGAGAUGGUUAUGCGCUGGAGAUGGUUAUGCGCUGGAGAUGGUUAUGCGCUGGAGAUGGUUAUGCGCUGGAGAUGGUUAUGCGCUGGAGAUGGUUAUGCGCUGGAGAUGGUUAUGCGCUGGAGAUGGUUAUGCGCUGGAGAUGGGUCCACUAUCGGCCAAACGGCUGGGAGCAGGCGACGUCAACAGUAAGGUGCAGGUAUUUACGACCUCCGGGUCAGCAGAAUUGCUUCCGCUUCUCGGUGGCGCCCGUUGAGCCGUCCGUGGCGGCACCCCUGCCCCAUCUUGCAACACACGGCCGCGACUACCUGUCGCUACCGGCGCCGGUCCAUGGAUUUGCAGGGAGCGGGGAGCGGAAGGUCCAUCCGGAACUGGCGGUGUCCCGGGGAGCUGUGCGGAGCACCGGCGAGAAGCGGCGGCUCAGCCUGUGCGUGGGGUGCGGCGCGCAGAUCCACGACCAGUACAUCCUGCGCGUGGCGCCCGACCUCGAGUGGCACGCCGCCUGCCUCAAGUGCGCCGAGUGCCACCAGUUCCUGGACGAGACCUGCACCUGCUUCGUCCGCGACGGCAAGACGUACUGCAAGCGCGACUACGUCAGGUUGUUUGGGACCAAGUGCGACAAGUGCGGACUGUCCUUCAGCAAGAACGACUUCGUGAUGCGCGCCAAGACGAAGAUCUACCACAUCGAGUGCUUCCGGUGCAGCGCCUGCGAGCGGCAGCUGAUCCCGGGGGACGAGUUCGCGCUGCGCGAGGACGGGCUCUUCUGCAAGGAGGACCACGAGGUGCUCGAGAAGGCCACCAACAGCGAGAACAACAACAACACCACCAACGUCAACAAUAACAACAGCAGCACCAACAACAACGAGGGCUCCAACUCCGACUCGUCGGAGUCGGGCUCGAACAAGGGCGGCCGGGAGUCGGGGCGGGCGUCGGGCGCCAAGGCGACGUCGGACGGGAAGCCGACGCGCGUGCGCACCGUGCUGAACGAGAAGCAGCUGCACACGCUGCGCACCUGCUACAACGCCAACCCGCGGCCCGACGCGCUCAUGAAGGAGCAGCUCGUCGAGAUGACGGGGCUCAGCCCGCGCGUCAUCCGGGUCUGGUUCCAGAACAAGCGCUGCAAGGACAAGAAGAAGGCCAUGCUGCUCAAGCAGCAGAUGCAGCAGGAGAAGGACGGCCGCAAGCUGGGCUACGGCGCCAUGCAGGGCAUCCCCAUGGUGGCGUCCAGCCCCGUGCGCCACGAGUCGCCGCUCGGCAUGAAUCCCAUCGAGGUGCAAUCCUACCAGCCGCCCUGGAAGGCGCUCUCCGACUUCGCGCUGCACACAGACCUCGACCGCCUGGACCCCUCCGCGCCGCCGUUCCAGCACCUGAUGCACGGCUACGACGUGCACGGCGCGCCGCCCCCGCCGCCCCCGCACGACCUGGGCCCGCCGCCGGGCGACAUGGCGCACCCCGACUCCACCGACUCGUACGUCACGUACCUGGAGAGCGACGACAGCCUGCAGCACGACGCGGCCAGCCCAUAA